AUGGGAGAUGCUGAAGCAGGCAAGAUCUUCACUCAAAAAUGUGCUCAGUGCCACACAGUGGAAAGAGGUGGAAAACACAAGACUGGUCCAAAUCUCUGGGACUUCUUUGGCGGAAAAAUAGGACAAGCACCAGGAUUUUCUUAUUCUGAUGCAAACAAAAACAAAGGUAUUAUUAUCUGGGGAGAAGAUACUCUGAUGGAAUAUUUGGAGAACCCAAAGAAAUAUAUCCCUGGAACUAAAAAGGUCUUUGCUGAUCUUAAAAAGAAGAGAGAGAGAGAAGAUCUUAUUCAGUAUUUGAAACAGGCAACAUCUUCACGAAAUGCUUUGCAUCCCAGUGCCAAGGCCAUGCCCUUCACCAUGCUGACUAAGCUGGGAUGUCUGGAAUUUCGAACAAAACAGGAGACCCCUAGGCUUCAAGAAAGCAUUAUCAGCCUGCUCCUCUUUGCUGGCAAAUCCCGAGGUAAAUCUGAUGUUAUUCUCAGCCUGCCUAGCUGA